AUGACAGGCCUGUGGAAAAGCUGGAGAGGCUGGAAAAGGGAAUGUUCAACAGUGGAGCAACAGGCUUCUUGCCAUGCUAAUGAUGAUCCAGUGACACCAGAGGAAGCAGUGGAAGAAGCUGAGGCUAUGGUCCCUGAAGCAGCAUACAACAGUCUCAGUGAGAAGUAUGAUCAACUCAACACUGAAUAUGUCAACUUAAGAAAAGACUUUUACCAACUUAAAGAGGAGAAUGAAAGACUGAAAGAGGAGCUUCAGAAAUCACGCUUCUCAUUCUCCACGAUCAAAAACAAUGCUGCACACUUUCUGUUUCUCACUGGGUUAACUUCAGUCAUCUUCAGUUGGUUUAUGUCAAAAAUUAAAGACAGUGUGCAGAAGCGAACUGAAAGUCUCAUGCUAGAAGAUCAUUUAUUAGUCGUUCUUAUGAAACUGAGAUUGGGGCUCAGUAACAGAGAUAUUGCAUAUAGGUUCAAAGUUUCUGAAAGCACAGUGUCAAACAUUCUAAGGUCCUGGUUGCCUGUAAUGGCAAACAUCUUGAAAUCCAUUAUUAAAUGGCCAAGUAAAGGUGCUGUCCUUAAAAAUAUGCCCAAAAGUUUCAGGCGACAUUUCAAGAGAUGCAGGUGUAUAAUUGACUGUACAGAGAUAUUCAUAGAAAGACCUACUAACUUGACUGCCAGGGCUCAAACCUGGUCCAAUUACAAGCAUCACAACACUGUUAAGUACCUGGUGGGAAUAACACCUGCUGGGGCAGUUUCAUUUCUGUCCACGGGCUGGGGUGGGAGAGUGUCAGAUAAGCAGAUAACACUUGAAUCAGGAUUUUUGCACUUGUUAGAGCCCAAAGAUGAAAUCUUAGCGGACAGGGGGUUUUUGAUCAGGGAUCAACUUGCUGCUUAUGGUGCCACUUUGCGUAUACCAAAUUUUACCAAAGGAAAGAGUCAGUUACCUGCUUGUGAAGUAGAUUCAUCCAGACAACUGUCACGUGUGAGAAUUCAUGUAGAGAGAGUUAUAAGCAGAUGGAAGAGUUUCAAAAUUUUGCAUUCUGUUAUUCCUAUUUCCCAACACCCCUACUUCUUCACCACGCAUCACUGUCUCACCACAGCCAUCACCCUCAGAUUAGCCCCUACAUACAGCAAAGCCCCAGUGAAAUUGGCCAUAGCAAACACUACUACCGUCCCCCUAAAUGUGGCUCAGACACCACUACUGAAAUGGUAA